UGGACCUGAAUACAUUUAGGUCUGGGUCGAUUCUAGGUCUGGGUCGAGUCUAUGCCCAGGCGGACCCGACCCCUUGCCACCCCUAUUCAAGAGAACCUUACUCUAUACUUCCACGAUCCCAAUGUUUUAGAGAGAGAGAAACCCUGCGUUUAAAGGCAAAGAGAGAACUUGGCCAAGUUUAAUUUUGAACUGAGGACUAGCAAAGUUGCAGCGAGAGAGUAUGUGUAAAGUGGGGGUUUCUUCUACCCUCAUGAACUUGUACUAGGUACGUUUUCCCUAAUCUCUCUGUAACCUUUCCAUUUCCUUUGUUUUUUCCUUGAGGUCUUAUUCGGAAAUGGUGUUAUGGGCCCUUUUAAUGUAAAUGUCUUUUGCAAAACCCCAUUCUUUCUCUCUCUACAAACCCCAUUAUCUCCUUUCCCUUGUCAUACCACUUUCUUUUCCUUCUCCCCACCAACACUUUUCUUCAGGGCCAUGUCCUCUCUCUUCUCCUCCGCGAAUUAUUGGGCUCCGUCUUCUUCAUCUUGUAUAGUUAAUUUUCUUGUAGACUCUGUUGGGCUCUCAAGGGAAUCAGCCAUUGCUGCUUCUUCCCACCUUGGUAACUUGAAAACCCCUGAAAAGCCCCUCUCUGUAAUAAACUUCCUCAAAAGCUCUGGUUUCAAUGAAACCCACAUUCAUGAUUUUAUCAGGAUACGACCCCAAGUUCUCAAAUGCAGUGUAGAGAAAACCCUAAAACCAAGAUUCGAAUUGCUCCAAAGUUUGGGUCUUUCGGGUCCUGAACUCGCUUCUUUCCUCUCUUCUAGCCCAUUCAUCUUGUGCUACAGCAUGGAUAAACAUCUUAAGCCAUCCAUCCUCUUCCUCAGAAGCUAUUUCAACACCAAUGAAGAAUUUUUAAGUGCUAUACAGCACUGUAAGCGCUACAAGAUGGUUGUUCUGGGGAAUAUAAUGAAACCCAACUUGGAGUUUUUGGAGAGCUGUGGCAUUGCUAGGCCGACACUCCAGAAGUUCAUGCUUAGCAGGCCAGGUUUUUUCUAUCAGAGUACUGAGAGGCUUAAGCAGAUCGAAGAGAGAGUUCGAGAGUUGGGUUGUGACCCAAAAUCAAAGAUGUUUGUCUAUGCAAUGUAUGCCAUGAGUUCGUUGAGCGAGAAGAAAUGGAAGGCUAAGCUUGAGCUUUUGGAGAGUUUUGGUUUUUCAAAAGGAGAGGUCUUCACUAUGUUUUCUAAGGCGCCAUAUUUGAUGUCCCGAUCAGAGGAAAGGUUAAUGAAAGUUAUGGAUUACUUCCUCAAUGAGCUCAAAUAUGAUAAAUCUUUCCUAGCUUCACGCCCAGUCUUGUUCUGUUAUAGUUUAGAGAAAAGGGUGAUUCCUAGGUUUAAUGUGUUGCAAGCUUUGAGAUCAAGUGCUUUGCUCACAAGGGAUGUGAAUUUAUCAAAUGUUUGUUUUAUUUCGGAGGAGUCAUUCUUGCAGAAGUAUGUAUUCAGUUUUGGGGAACAAGAGGAGUACCUGUUGAAUAUUUUUAAAGGAAAUAGAGAAAAUGAUGAAAUUGAUGCUAUGGCGAAGGCUUCGUCUUCUUCUCCUCUCUCGCUUCCUCUCACUGGUGAUGAGGUAAACUUAAUGUCUCCUUCUAAUUCAUCUCUCUCACCUCCUUGUAAUAGUAAGGAAAUGGCCUUAUCAUCAGCUUCUUUGAGGGUUAAACAACUGAUAGACUCAGUUGACCUUUCAGAGGAGGCGGCAAUUUCAAUAUCUCACCAAUUUCUCCACUUUAAAUCCCCUAAAAGGCCUCUCUUUGUGUUAAAAUUCCUCAAAAACAGUGGUUUCCAUGAUACCCUUAUCUCUAAUAUCGUCACCAAGGUUCCCCAAAUUCUUACCACCACAACUCUAAAAUCCAAAUUCAAAUUGCUACAAGAUUUGGGUCUUUCUGGAUCUGAUCUUGGCAUAUUCCUCUCUUCAAAUCCAGCUUUUAUUACCUGUAGUACCAAGAAGCAUCUUGAACCGUCCAUGCUCUUUCUAAAGAGUAUUUUGAAAACAAAUGAAGACAUUUUGAGUGUUCUAAAACGACAUAGUCAGCAUGUUAUGGCCAACCCCAAGAAGGCAUUGUUGCCCAACAUAAGGUCUCUGCUGAGCUAUGGAGUUGGUGCCUCCCAAUUAGAGGAGUUCAUGUUGGCAAAGCCUGCCAGUUUUACACAGGCACCCAAAUGGUUUAAGGAGAUCUUGGGAAAAAUUAAGAAGUUGGGACUUGAUUGUCAGAGUAACGUGUUCUCUCUCGCAGUUUUAUGCAUGUGUUCCCUGAGCAAGGAUACAUGGCAGAGUAAGCUGAAGACCUUUGAGAGUUUUGGGUGGUCAGAAGAAAAUGUUCUAUCUGUGUUUAUCAGGAACCCUUUGUUACUGGAAAUGUCAGAGAAGAAGUUGCAAAAGGUUAUUUAUGGUUUUAUUAACAUACUGAAUUUCGAUAAAGAUUAUUUGGUUUUGCACCCUUCUCUUCUUUGUUUUGAUUUUGAGGGAAGAGUUCUUCCGAGGCAUAAGGUGUUGCAGGCUUUGAAAUCAAAGAAUUUGGUUAAAAAGGAUAUAGGAUUAUCAGGCAUUUGUGGACUGACAGAGGAGAAGUUUUUGCAGUAUUUGUUGGGUUUUGGGGAUGAAGCUGACUUUUUAUUGAGGAUUUAUAACGCAAGCAAGGAGAACACGAGAAUCAGUGGUGAAAUGGGGGGUUAGAAGCCGCCUAGCUAUCCAAGUCUGAAAAUCAUGUGUGGUUUGCAAUUGGCUUCUCAAAAUUUUCAAGAAUUGUGCAGUGUGAUCCUCAUUAUUUUGUGAUAUUCUAGAUAGUUAACAAAGUUGUGAUACGAGUCAUUGGCCUCAGAUGUUUAUUAUUUUGUCCCUUCUACUGCAUCAAAUUGAAGUUUCUUCUUCGUGAUA